CGCAAGCGAGGAAGUGACCAGCCUGCCUACGGCCGCUGCUCAGCUCAGCUCCCAGCUGUCACUUGCUCCAAUGGAGACGAGUACGCCCACCAAAAAAGCAGUAAUUGCACUUCACAGUUUUCCCCACCCUUUCGCCGCCCUCCCCUGGAUUCCGUAGUUCCGUCAUCACCACCACCACGUUCCGGGCGACUCCUUCCAUUGCUUCUUUUCUUCUUCUUCUUCUUCUCCAUUUCUACAGCCUCACAAGAUAGGGAGAUGCUUUGCUUCACAACUGUAAUUGCACUACACGUUUUUUCACUGGAAGCACUAGUGCAGCUGCACUAGUAGCAGUGCACACCGCUCCACAGAAUCUCCCAGAAGCAGCCGCUUUUGUUUUGUCAGCCAUUGCCAGCAUCCAGCUGCACUUGGCUCCGCGUAUAACUUCCUUUCUUGCUUGGCCGCUUCUGCUCCUCCAUUCUUCCCUCCUCCUCUUCCCCUUCUUCCAGAUCCAUUCCUCAGGAAGAAGGCAGAGGCUGGGAGUGGGAGGAAGGCCCAAGAACCAGCAAAGAAAGAAGAGAACCAUCAACCAUGGGUUGUUCUUGGGCUCUUGCUGCUCUGGUUCUUGGCUUCUUGGUGGUGGCAGUCCAUGGCUCUGAGCCGUGGCUGAAUCAGACGCAGGUCUACUCCACCAAUGCCAACUCUGGUAGCAAUGGCGUCUUCGUCGGGAUUACGCUCAUCCAGUCGGCGGCCGCCAAGGGAGCCGUAUGCUUGGAUGGGAGCUUACCAGGGUAUCACCUACACCGAGGGUUUGGAUCAGGGGCAAACAGUUGGCUUGUCAAUUUGGAGGGUGGAGGCUGGUGCAACGAUGUUAAAAGCUGCGUGUUUCGCAAGAGCAGUCGGCGUGGUUCAUCAAAUCACAUGGAGAGCCAACUCCAGUUUACUGGGAUAAUGAGUAACAGGCCUGAAGAAAAUCCUGAUUUCUACAACUGGAACAGAGUGAAGGUUCGAUAUUGUGAUGGCGGAUCCUUCACUGGUGAUGGGGCUGAUGCGUCUGCAGGCCUUUAUUUCCGAGGUCAGCGUAUUUGGCAGGCUGCUAUGGAUGAUCUGAUGGCCCAAGGAAUGAGAUAUGCUAACCAGGCACUUCUUUCUGGAUGCUCUGCUGGUGGUGUUUCAACCAUACUUCACUGUGACGAGUUCCGUGGAUUGUUUAGCGGCAGUACAAACGUGAAGUGCCUUGCUGAUGCUGGAAUGUUUCUGGACUUUGUUGAUGUUUCUGGGCAACGAGAAAUGAGGGACUUCUUCAAUGGUAUUGUGAGAUUGCAGGGUUCCGGAAGAAGCCUGCCUAGGUCUUGUACCUCCCGCAUGGAUAAAACUUCGUGCUUUUUCCCCCAGAAUGUGGUGCCAAACAUUCAAACUCCAACUUUUAUUUUGAACACUGCUUAUGAUGUGUGGCAGCUUCAACAAAGUGUGGCCCCCAAAAGGGCUGAUCCGCAAGGUCUAUGGCGAGGAUGUAGGAUGAAUCAUGCCUCCUGUAAUAGCAACCAACUGCAAUUUUUACAAGGUUUCAGGAAUCAAAUGCUCGAUGCGGUGAGGGGUUUCUCCGGCGCAAGGCAGAACGGUCUUUUUAUCAACUCCUGUUUCGCACAUUGCCAAAGUGAGAGACAGGACACAUGGUACGCAGGGGAUUCUCCUCGUCUCGGUAACAAGAGAAUUGCUGAAGCAGUAGGCGACUGGUUUUUCGAUAGGGCAGACGCGAAGUACACAGACUGUGCAUACCCUUGUGAUGGUACCUGCCAUCAUCUUACAUUCAGGGGAGAUUACUAAGAUUCAUUCUUAGACCACCACCAAAUGUAGGUGGCAAAAAGAGGGGAAAAAAGGGACACCCAAUGGGAAUAUAUACAGAAUAAGAGGAAGGUAUAGAUAGAGGAUGCAAAGCUAGUGACUUGCAUGGACAUGUUCAUCAUUACUCAGAUAUGAUCUUAGGGCAGGGCCUGGUGUGCUUGCUAAUGUGGCAUGAUCAGGCCUCUGCAUUUAGCUCCACACACCGAUUGAUUCUUUUCCAUUGCCUGAAUUCCCUGGAUGAUGUAUCUCUGAACAUUUGGACCCCAAUGGUGUAUCUGUAUCAUAAAUUUACAUAUCCAUGUACUAAACGUGAUAAUAUGAAUGAAAUAAGUAAUGUGCCUGCAAGAAACCCAAUCAUUUGUCAGGCAAAUAUCUA